UACUGCACAUCUCUGCUACCUAGGGAUGCUGUCACAUACAAUGUCAGUCAUAUGAUGGAGACCGAGCCUGCGUAUUCUGACUUCAUCAGCUGCGAUCGGACUGGUCGGAGAAACGCAAUUCAUGAUCUUCGAGGAGAUGCGUCUGCCCUUAAAUUGGAUAAGCUAGCAAACCCCAUGGCUAUUUCUUCUACAGAUGGAGAAAACCAAAGAAAGGAAUCUGCUAAUGAGAAGGACCCUGGAAUGAUUCCCGAGAGGAAGAAUGAUAGCUCAACCUUCUGAUUUAGGAUGCAGAAGGUGGAAGACUGGAUAACAACCCUUGAUACUCCUCUACAUGCUAAGAAAUCAAACUGCAGCAAGGAGUUCUUUACUUAAAGAUCUCUGCAGAGGCCAUCAGGAUGUCAUAGUCACUUUGUGUGGCAAGUAACUGGUACCUCCAAAGUUAUUUCUUUCUAUAAUGCUACAAAACAAGAUCUGUUCUGGUAACCUGAGCCACUCAGGGAGCUUAAGCAGCUAUUUUCUAUAUAGAUCAACAAAAUUUCCGUAAUAUGUACUUCAGGUUUUAUUGUAUAAGGUACAUUUUGUUCACUUAGUAAAUAUAAACUAUUUAUUUCUA